UUAAUUUUCCUUCAUGGAUUGGGAGAUACUGGAUCUGGUUGGGCCAAUAUUCUCCGCUAUGUUGUGCCACCUUAUUUCAAAGUCAUUUGCCCCAAUGCAAAGGAGAUUCCAGUCACUCUAAAUUUUGGAAUGGUGAUGCCGGCUUGGUAUGAUCUAUUCGGCCUCAGCCCUGAUGCAAAGCAAGAUGAAAGUGGUAUUAUUAGAGCUGCCAAUGAGUUGGCCAAAUUCGUUGAGGCGGAGAAGAAUGCAAAUAUUCCACCGGAGCGUAUUGUGGUGGGUGGUUUUUCACAAGGCGGAAGUACUGCGUACUACUACGCGUUGACGAACUCGGAGCCUAGGCUUGGUGGUCUUGUCGCUCUUAGCUCCUGGCUCCCUAUGCAUUCAAAGUUCCUUAGCGGAACUAGUACUAUAUCUGGAAACCGUGCGCUUCCAAUCCUCCAAUGUCACGGUGUAGAAGAUUUCAUGGUCCCCUAUGAACUUGGUGAAUUAAGCAGUUCAAUUAUGAAGCAAUUUGGUUUCAAUGAUUGUACUUUCAACGCGUAUCCGAAGAUGGGCCACUAUACUUCCGAUAAGGUGGGCUCAUGA